AUGAGGAGGAGGAGAAAGAUGAACUGUAAAACAUCAUCAGGAGGAGGAGGAGGAGGAGGAGGAGUAAGACCAGGGGGAGGGGACAGAGGAGGAGGAGACAGGGGAGGAGGAGGAGGAGGAGGAGGGGCUCCCAUGGGCCUUGGUGGCCUUUUUGCUGGAGGCAUGCCCAAGUUGAGAUCUACAGGACUCAGGCAAGAUGGAGGUGGCAAUCUAAAUGCAGAAAACAACAAACGCAGCCCGAGCCCCAACAACAGAUUUGCCGGACGAGGCAACAACAACACAGCAAACAACGUCGGCACGGUGCCCCGCGCCAUGCCCAGUCAGGCCAACAAUAACACGGUCCCGCGACACACCCCCAACAACUCCCAACCCCCACCCCCCAGCAACAGGAACCUGCCCCCGCCACCACCCUCUAGUUCAAAUAAACCAAGACCCCCCUCAGGUCAGCACAGACCCCCCUCCGCUCCAGUGGGGGUGAGACCUGGACCACCCCCCUUUGGGAACAGACCACCCCCUCCCCCACCAGGAAGGCCGAUGUCAGCAUCUCCAGGGGGCCCAAGACCAGGACCCCCUCAAAGAGGCAUGAGGCCUCCACCCCCUUCAAAAGGACCCCCACAGAUGGUGCGGCCGCCCCCUCCGCCAUCUGCAUACCCCCCUAGAAUGAACGGGCCCAGUUCUACACAAGGACCCCCUCCACCACCCCCUGGUGGCCGUGGCCCAAGACCCCCUCCCCCUCAGCAGACAAGACCCCCUCCUCCACAAACUAACAGACCCCAACCUCCACAGCUAUCAAGACCCCCUCCCCCACAUCAAACCAGACCCCUUGUCCCACAGCAGAGUAAACCCCCUCCACCACCAAGCAGUGCAAGACCACGUGGGCCCCCACCCCCUCUCACAAGAGGGGGGCCACCCUCUCCACCCUCAGGAGGCCCCCCUGGCCAAAGACCCCCUCCACCACCUCCACAUAGAUCUGCAUCCUUUAGGGAAGGAGGGCCAUCACAGGCACCUCCACCUCCACCCCCUGGAAGGGGGAAACCCCCUCCCCCACCCACGAGGGGACCUAGCGGAGCACCACCCCCUCCCCCUCCCACAAGAAAUGGGCCUAGGAUUUCCAUGCCUGGAGUGCCUCAGAAAAGCGAUCUAACGGUACAUGCCAAGAGGUAUUCACUAACCAGCGCAAAUGAAUUUGAAGCGAGGUUCAACUUUCCGCAGAGUCUGCCUAUUCCUCCCCCCUUUGAGAAAACCAACAAGACGUACCCUAGCAAGAUUAAAAACAAAUCAGCAACAAGACAAAGAGGAGUGCCCCCUCCCCCACCCAAGCGGUGAUAGCAGCGCCACCUUGCACCUGACACGUAACCUGCAGUCUGCAGUUAGGCAUGGGCUGACAAAACAAGGAUUAGCACAUCUUCAGCUUAUGACGCUUUACAUAUUCCAAUUUCAGGGUAAAAACCCUUAUAAUUAAGGGAGAGAUAGACUGUAGAAUGUAACAGCAAGACUUUGAGGUUAAAAACGAUGAAGAAUUGUUGUCAAUCCUUGUUUUGUUCGUCCAACGGGCCAUGCCAUCUCAAUUCUGGGGAGAGCAUCAUCAUCACACUUGAAAGGGACUGUCCAGUGAGUUGGCAUUAUGAGACGUUCAUUUACAAAAUUGUUACCAUGUUCAUAGGCAAGAUAAAGAAAAAAGCAAUACUUUCAAGACUUGUAAAACAGUUUUUUGCAUGUGCGCUAUAAUGUCAAACAUGUUUUUUGCGACGCCACGAGCAGAAGUCUGUUUUUGUUAUUCAUGUGCUAAUUAUUCAUCACUUUGGCUGCCAGAAAUCAUUUUAAAAGCUAAAUUCACACUUACUGUACAGAAAGAUGAAAUCAAAAUGUACACAUUUAAUCAUAGGCUUCCAUACUUCUGUGUUGUUGACAGUCAUGUAGACUAUCUGUAUAGCACCAAUGUUUUGUACACAAUGUUGUAAUGCUGAUUCAGUGGGCUGUUCCUUCACAAGGACAACUUGUGUAGAGUACAUUGUUAUAAUAACUAGAGGUGUAUAAUGUAAAAAGGCAUAUGGACAAAGUGACCUUAUAUAUGUACAGUUAUGGGGGAAAACUUGGUAUAUUAUUGUUUGAAGUCACAUGACAAUACCAUAUUAUGCAGAGCUGUUAUACAUAGGUGAAAAGAAGAUGAUUAUUUUUCUCUCUAUGGCGAGAUACCCAGAAUUGAUAAGCUAUGGCCCCACAUGUACCUAGUUACUGCUGUAGUAUCUGUCUUGGAUCCCUCCGCCCCUUUAUUUACAAUAGUACAGCCCAAAACCAGAUGAUAUUGCUGCAGGGAUUGGACAACGCAACUUUGCAUAGAGGGGUGGAAGGAAUUUUUUUUGUAAAAUUGAAAUAGUCGUUAGCUGUAGUUUUCUCUGGCUGACAUUCAGCUACGUUUCUUUGUUUCUACAAUUAAUUAUAUUAUGCAACAACGUAAAUGUACUAGUAGUAGGAAACCAUCCUUUGAAUUAAAAAAACCAUGUCCGAUGGUACAAGCCGCUCGUAUUGUUUUAGCACACCACUUGAGGUAAAAUAGGUACUUACAUUACAGUGCACCCUACCCCUUGAAAAUGGUACAGUCUUAAUGGUUAGGUCACCGAAUUUGUGAGGAGCAAUCCAUUUGAUUAUAGGGGUGGUGAGAAUCUUGCAGGUAUCAGUCACAUUAUCAUAAUUUAUGUGGGAAUUCGAUGGAGCUAGAAAUGGUUGAAUUGUUUCCAAUGAGAAUAUUGUAUUAAGAUGCUGUUAUGCUGAAUAUUUUGCUUUUUUUCAGCAUAUAAAGAUAAUAAUGAGAGUCAGCACUGUAAUGAGACAUGUUGGGCACAGCGAGUAGUUUUUAGAAAAAGACGAUGAAAAAGAGCAGUAUGUGCUUCAGUCUUAGCAAAAUUGUCCGGACGUACAUCGUCCAAAUAUUUGCUGGCAAAUUUCUCCAUACAGAAGGUUUUACAAAAAGAGAGAGAGCUAUGUUAGAUAUGUGCAGAAAUAUUACCUGUACAGAUGUAUUAUACUAUUAUGUAUGAUGCAGCAUUUCCGAGCACCUAGUAAUUUCUUGAUGAAAAGAGUCAACAUUUACAUUAUCAGUUGACCCUUUUUUUUCAGGUGGGGUUUUCAUAGUUCUAAAAAGAUAUUUGUGGUAAGAUGAUUUUUUUCCUCCUUGUAUUUUGUCAAUAUUUACGUCAAAGCAGGUGCAUUGUACUAUAAUCAGAAAUCUUAUGUUUUCGCAAAGUUAUGAAUAAUAAAUGCAGCAUUUCUUAUUAAGGUACAACAUGAAGGUUACAUCCCUAUAUGUGGAAGUGAGUCAGUCCAGACAAGCAUAUCAUACCAGUAAAGUUUGGAAGAGACCACUAGAAAUGGGGGCCCAAUUGCUCUGUGGCUUUCCAAUAAUACCACAUGUAAAACUAUGUUUCAUGUCGAAUUUCUGCUUAUUUCUGGACUUGAUUAAUCCUAUUUUAGGAAUGAACUUUUUUGUUAUGACUUUAAAGAGAAAUGCUGCCGUUAAGACCUCUACAAAUUUUCUAUUGAAUAUUGUAGGCAGUAAAACUGUAAAUUUGUAGAACAUGGCAAGGUGAGGAAAAUGAACCUGUAUGCAAAGUACUAACAUUUGACAAUAAAACAAUCAGUAUAAGUUCU